ACGUUUGCGACAUGAGAUUUGUUCCUUGCAACUGAUCUUUUUGUAUUUCUGAUUUUUUUUCCUUUUCUCUCUAAUGCCUAAUUAUAUGUUUAUUUCAUUGUAAGUGCAAAAGAUAUCGUACAGUUGCGUACAGCUGCAAGAAACUACACAAGCAAAAGAAUAGACUUACAUACGGUAGUGUGUCAUGAUGUUCAUUAUUUGGUUAUGAUUCGUUCAUCUCUUAGUUGACAUCACAAAUUGACUGAACAUCACUAAAAAAUGACGCUAUAUCACUUCGGAAAUUGUUUAGCAUUGGUAUACGUGCCAUAUUACUUGACCUACAAAUAUUCUGGCUUGUCGGAAUACGGUGCAUUCUGGAAAUGUAUUCAAGCCGGUGGCAUUUAUAUAUUCACGCAGCUUGUAAAAAUGCUGGCGCUUGCAACAUUUUUUCCAACUGCUGAUAGCGUGGGAGAAGAGGGUUUUGAUGUUUUUGGAGAAUUUUUAAAAUCAUCCAUUGAUCUGGCAGAUUUGGUGGGAAUUUUAUUAGUACUAAAUAGUAUACCUGGCAAAGGUCAUGCCAAGGUAUUAACUGCGGGUAUAGGAUGGGCAGGAGCUGAGGUGUUGCUUACAAGAUUUUUGUUGCUCUGGGUUGGAGCGCGUGGUGCUGAGUUUGAUUGGAAAUAUAUCCAAAAGAGUCUCGAGUCAAACAUCAAUUUGGUGCAACACAUAACAACUGCAACACUGGUUUGGUUAUGGUCUAGACACGAUUUACGACGUGGUUUAGUUCCUAUAGUAAUUAGUAUGCUCGUACUUACAGUGUACAGGCCACUUAUGCUAGACUUUCUUUCAUCAUUUUUAUUAGCUGGUCCAUGGUCGACGCUUAUUAUUAAGGCAAUUACUACCUUUUUGAUUGGUGCAACGACGUUGCAUAUUUAUGCAGGUCUCGCACAUUCAAUUGGAAUUUUUUAAAUAAUACCUCAAUUUAUAUGCAUACUUAUUAUGUGUGAGUGGUGUAAGGUUGCAUUGAUCAAUGUGUUCCAUUUUCCAAUAUUAUAUAAUAUCAUAAUUGUACAUUGCAUAAUAAAUGCGUUGUUAUUAUA